AACGGCGGGCGCCCGGCGCGCGUGCGCGGCGCAUGCGGGCUCGCGGGCGCCGAGACCUCUACCGGAGGCAGCGCGGGCGGCAGAUCCAAUGGCUGUCCCACCAGCGUACAGUGACUUGGGAAAGGCUGCCAGGGAUGUGUUCAACAAGGGCUAUGGAUUUGGACUGGUUAAGUUGGAGCUGAAGACCAAGUCUUCGAGUGGGGUGGAAUUCACUACAACUGGUUCUUCCAACACAGACACAGGCAAGGCUUCAGGCAGUCUAGAGACCAAAUACAAGGUCAAAGAGUAUGGACUCACAUUGACCCAGAAAUGGAACACAGACAACAUGUUGGGGACAGAAGUUUCCAUAGAGGAUCAGCUGGCUGAAGGUUUGAAGGUGGCUCUUGACACUACAUUUGUACCAAACACAGGGAAGAAGAGUGGAAAGUUGAAGACCUCCUACAAGAGAGACUAUGUGAACCUAGGCUGCAACAUAGACAUCGACAUCUCUGGACCAACCAUCUAUGGCUGGGCAGUGCUGGGCUAUGAAGGGUGGCUGGCUGGGUACCAGAUGGCUUUUGACACAGCCAAGUCCAAGCUUUCCCAAAAUAACUUUGCCUUUGGAUACAAGGCAGGAGACUUCCAGCUGCACACCAAUGUGAAUGAUGGCACUGAGUUUGGUGGCUCCAUUUAUCAGAAGGUUAACAACAAGGUUGAGACUUCAGUCAAUCUUGCAUGGACUGCUGGCAGCAACAACACACGUUUUGGGAUUGCUACCAAGUACCAGAUGGAUGAGAAGACCUCCAUUGUGGCCAAAGUGAACAAUGCCAGCCUGAUUGGAAUCGGCUACACUCACGCCCUCCGACCCGGGGUGAAGCUGACCCUCUCGGGCUUGAUUGACGGCAAGAACUUCAGUGCUGGAGGGCACAAAGUGGGGCUGGGAUUUGAGCUGGAAGCUUAAUGCAGCUUGAAGUGAGACAGCAGGUGAGCUCUGGAAGAUAAAGGGGAAGUGAACCCAGUGUGUUUCGGCCUUAAUAUUACUCUGAAAUUCCCAGAAGUGUGAACUUUCUCUUCCAAAGAAGCUUUAGCCCAGCACCGAGGGCCGGGGAGGGCCAGCGCCCGAGGGAGCCACGCCACGAGGUGCAUGGCAGUUGUGAUGGUUGUGCCACAUUUCACUCCGGUUGCUCCUAUUUUAGUCUGUUCCUACCAAGAGAAGAGAGUUCCCACCUCCCCCAUGAUUGUAUUGCAUCCUGCAUGUCCUCCACAACCUGUUAUCAAAGGUGGUCUCUGUGCUGUAGUGCAAACUUUGGUUUACAUCAGAAUGAAAUAAAUUGGUCACAGUUGGAACAUGA